AAAAAUUGCUAAGGAAUUCACCAAUAUGCGAGAAAAGAUCAGCAUACUCCAAGCACAAAUUCAAACCACGAGGAGAGUCGUUGAAUUGUGCAAGCAACGUCAAAGAGUUGAAGAAGAGAAAGAGGAGAUGAUGAGAAACGCCCGGGGCUACCUGCUGGCUCAAGCAGAACGGAUUGAGAGUAAACCUGGCAGAACUUUGGUAAAACGCCAGCAGUCGAUCUCUGAUAUCAUUGAAACACUUGAAAAAGAAAGGAAAACCAUCGACUUCUGGAACGAUUUGAAUAACUCAGCUCACGACUUGGGAAAAGUCGCCGAUACAUGGAAACCUGGGAAAUUGCGGCGUGUGCGCGCAUUAAACGACCUGAGUACCAGCCGAGAAGAGUUUUUCGAUGUUGAGUUUGCAACAUGUGACCUCCCAGGUGACUUAUCUGAUGAUAAUGCCUUCUGGAACGACUUGAAUAACUCAGCUCAUGACUUGGGAAAAGUCGCCGAUACAUGGAAACCUGGGAAAUUGCGACGUGUGCGCGCAUUAAACGAUCUGAGUACCAGCCGAGAAGAGUUUUUCGAUGAUGAGUUUGCACCAUGUGACCUCCCUGGUUACUUUUCUGAUGAUGAUGCCUUGACAGAAGUACUAAGACAUGAGAAGUUCGAGGGAAGUCUUAGUAUUACGGAACCUUCAUUUUAGAGGAUAUUCUGUGCUCUUUUAUGUACGAAAAAAAUUCAUUGUGUUUUGCACUCUGGUUUUCAGAGUUGUUUAGGUAAGGUAAAA